AUGAAGAAUGAAAGCUUCCUUCAGCUAACGAAGCGCAAAGAUUCGUUGACAUUUGAAAGUGAGUCAUCUGCAAAGGAGAACCAAAUAAUGUGCGUGCUACCCAGCAACUCUGAGCAGUGCAACACAACUAAGAGAGAUGGUUUGGCUCUCAAGAACAAAAGAAACAGUGCCGGCGUUGGCGAUAAUCUUUCUUUUUCGAAUGAAACGUUUUUGAAAUGGAAUUCAAGCUUAAAAAAUUUAGAAAAAGUUAUUAGUACACCAAAAGUAUAUUCAACAUAUAAAAAAAUUAAACAUUUUUUACAAUAUAAAAAAUUAUUUAGUAUUUUGUCUGAUGUAAAAAGAACAUAUUCAUUGAAUUCAACAAUUUCUAUUAACUUGAGAAGUCGCCUUAGAGGAUUUACAACUAUUCACGAUAAUUCCAAAGAAUCAGAAAAAAUGUUGCUAAACAAGACUAUACGAAAUGUAAAUAACAAUUCAACCGAAGAUGAAAAUUUGUGGCAGUUAAAGAAGAGCAUCCACACCUUUCUGCAGGCAUUGAACUUGGAUCUGGACAACAUCAAUAUCUUUUCAUCAAAUCACAAUUGGCAAAAAGUCAACCAAAUCGCCACACGACAAUUCAAAAUCGAUCUUCAAAGAUUGGAUGAUGAAAAUCUCUCUAAAAUGAACUUAACGCGUAAAGAAAAAUUAAAAUUAAUCUUUCUCGUUGAAGAUUAUUUGCGAGAAAAAGAUUUAAUUUCGACAAAAAGUAGCCUAAGAAUUUAUAUUCAAAAAUUUAAGAACGAUUGUUUGGUAAUAUACGAGAGAGUUGGAAAUUGGUUUGACGCUCAAAACUUCUGCCACGGUAUGAACGGGGCUCUCUUCGCUUUUGUGGAGAGCAACCAUUUUGAAAUCUUAAACAACUCCGAACUAACGCGGUCUCCCAUUGAUAUCAACGCGUGGACUGGUACGACGAAGCACGUUUGGAGCUGGUUGAGGAAAAAGAAAAUUGUGCUCCUUAUAGAAAACCCCACAAAAAUGGCCUUUACGUUAGAAAAAUUUGCAGCGUUAGCAAAGAAGAACAAACGUCUGCCGUCAAUAACUCGAAGACGGAAUUUUAAUAUUUCGAAAACUCGGUCUCUUUCCUCAUCACAGAGAAGUUAUUCAUCAGCCACUGGGAGUAUUUAUUAUAUUCAUGGUUCCAAUUAUGCGCCUGGAAUGAACAGACCGAGUGCCUAUUUCUACUCGACUGGCGCCAGAUCUCAUGGAAGGGUUUCCAUUACUUCUACCAGAUCGGCUCCAUCCAGGCUGCUCACCAGACCUUCAAUUUUGAAGAAAGGGAAUAAGAGGAGUCCGAAGGCGAAAAAAUCUGUGACCCUGGUGCUGGAGUACGAGAAGAGUGAAGAAAAGAUUAAUUAA